CCAGCGGCGUCACCUUUACCCGUCCAGACAGCUUCUUUCUCCACUCGGCAUCAUAGGCCACUGUCCACAACAGCUGCCCCGGGGCGGAAAAAACGUACAGGUCUCACAUUUUCUUUCCUCUUUGCCCAGCUUGAUCUCAUCGUGUCGCAAACCGCACAUCGCAAACGGCUGCUGCUGCUGCUACUACUCAUUUCUCCUACAGCCUCGCUGCCCUCACUCUUUUUUUUCUAGCUCUACCCCUCUCGCACAUCUGCAGGUAGCGCAUCGCCAAUUCCGAUUUCAAGGUUCUCAACUACGAACAACAAGACACGUUGCUUCUUCCAUCAAUACUCACACGCCCAAGCACAGCACACGCAAGAUGCCUACGUUAAGACGCAGAAGAGAGGCCUCGCGCCCCGUCGAGGAGCCCGAGGUCGACGAGACGACGUCCAACGCGAUCGAGCCUAUCGCGAGCCACCUCGAGCGGCUCGACACCGCACCUGACGGCACGGUCGAGGCACUGGCUGUUGUCAACGACGCGACAGAGGUGGCGGCAGCGAAAGAGACAGAGGCCCUCCAGAUCAGCGAGAGGGAUCGGGAUCACCAGCACCCGCGGAAGCAGCGAUCGCACCUGCCAAAGGCGCUGCAGUUCCCCCUCGUCACGGUCUUGAGCUUUAGCAUCUCAAGUCUGUGCUACAGCUUUCUCAGCGAGUGGAGCCGUGGGGAGUUGGCGGGGAUUUCAAAGAGCUUGGAUACCUGGGGCGAGGUUGCGACUUUGGCUGGAUGGCGCAUAUUCGAGCUUGCCCUUGGCUGGUUCGGUAACUUUGACAGCUAUGAUCUCGCUGCGCUCAACCUACUCGCGCAUGGCCCGCCGGUCUACCUUAUCGCUACCUUCUACAACAUCAGCACCGCCACCGCCAUCUCGGCUCUGGGCAUUGAGAUGCUGUCCACCUUCCUGCCCUUCCAGCUUCUGAGGCCUUUGUCGGGCGCGCACGCCGGCGCUAAGAACGUCGCCAACCGAGAGAUCCUCACCGACAUCCCGAUCCAGAUCUACACCACUAUCCUGUCGGCAGCCAUCUACAGCCUCACCCUGUUCACUGCUUACAAGACCUACCUGCCCACCGCCCUCGUGGUCUACUUCCAGGGGCUGCCGAGCCUUGCACCUGCCUACACCACCAACUUUUUGGCUACAUUGCCCGUGACAGUUGCGUUUGGUGUUGCGGCAAAGUCCUUCAUCUUCACCCCCUUCGUCGCGACUGGCGAGACCUCCGAGGACGAGAAGCUCGCACAAUUUGACCCUGCGACGGCCACGCUUGGCGAGACUCUGGCGUGGAACAUUUGGGGCUACACAACCCGGGCAAAGGUUGUCAUCCUGCGAACCUUUGUCGCCAUGGUCGUCACGGGGGUCAACACCUAUCUGCAGACCUUCAUGACUGUCAACGGUGUCGAGUCGUAUGGUGCGACUGUUUACUCCGGCGCCUGGGUCGCCGCGGCAUUCUUCACCGGCAUCGGUCUUGCAUUUGUCGGUGGUGGAGACUCAUGAGCGGGGAUUGGGGAAUGUAUACCUUGCUUUGCCUCGUGACCAAGGCAAAUUCUACCUUGG